AUGAGCAGCCCCGCCGAAGGCGAGGGCUGCGUGAAGAAGCUCCACUUCACGAAGCCCUGGGGCCGGGCGCUCAUAGUCGAGCGCCUGACCGCGCCACCCGACGGCACGGAGCCGCAGGACGACAAGCCGAAGGAGGCCGACGACAGCAAGGCGAACGACGCCGAGCCCAAGAAAAAAGAGAAGCCCACGGAGUCGAAGAAGAAGGCUAAGAAGAAGGGCAAGAGGAAGGACGGCGACAGCGACACGAGCGACGCCAGCGACGGCAGCAGGAGAC